AUGGUGAUGGUAGACAGGUAUUUAAUUUUUCCACCAGUGGAAAACUCUCGGCAGGAGCCGGCGAAGCGACCAAAAUCAGUAGAGAAUCAACAGGCUGCGCAGACAAGUUAUUCCGCAGAGUUCACCCAGAAACCAUACAGUAGACGAGAAUCGGUACGCGGCGAGAUCGGUCGCCGCAACAAACCCCAGUCCGCAAAAACAGGCACUUCACACAUUUUCCCACUGAAAAGAGAACCCGUUUGCCAAGUGAACUCGUCGCUCACGCACCUGCCAAAUAUGAGCGAACCCAAAACUACUUCUAACUACAGAGACUUUUAUCAGGACAAGCCGAUGACAACAAUACCAAGCCGUAGAAAACUAGUAUCAAGGAAUCCUAUAGUCUCCAAAGAAGAUAAUGAGCACGACAAACGCAUCAUCAUUUUGACAAGGAUAUAA